CAGCCGUGUCCUCUGUCCUCUGUCACAGUGUUUUAGUGCGCACAGAGAAACUCUUACUAACAAUGCAUUUAAAACAAACAGGAUACUGUGUCGGUUUCCUUCUCGUUUAUACCUUCAUUACAAUGAUUUCACUUACAGGAGGCAGGUGUGCUGCUCAUUUCUCACAACCUCAAUCUCAUUUAGCUUUUCAUGAUGACGAGAGCAACGAUUUAACAGCAAGAGGCCUCAGAAAGCUGCUGAGCUUCAACUCCAGGCAGAAAGAAGAAAAAAACAGAGACGUGACAGAGACUGAAAGCGCAAGAAGAAGAAGGACAUUUAAACCCACCAUGAGCAACAAAAGCUCCAGAAAGAGGGACACGGUGCAGCGAACUGAAGGGAGGUGGAGGUUUUCUUCAUCUGAACCUCCACAUGAAGGCUGCAGCGAGGGCAACAUCCAGACCACCACCCGCGGAAAGUUCACCAUCACGGGUCAACUGGAAGCAAACAUCCCCAACACAGGCUACCAGUCUGAUUCUGCUGUUUCAUUCCAGUCUCAGGUUGUCCAGCAGAGGGUUAAAGGUCAUCAGAUGAGCUGGCUGAGCCUGCAGCCUGAGGUGGAGUGUGGAGAGGAGGCGAUGACGCUGACUGUGAGGAGGAGACGAGCUGCACAGCUGCUGCUGGACCGAGAUAACGAGUCGCCCGUGCCGCUGACCCAGCUGCCCCCUCAGUGUGGUUACUCCGUCCAGGCCUCGUGGAAAGAUCUCCGUCUGAUGGCUCAGUACAACGCCUGCCACGUCAUACAGGAGGACGACCACUUCGUGUUGCCUCUGCUGUGGAGAGGGACUCCGGUCAGGGUGUCGUGCCCCUCCCCUCAAAUGGAGCCAGAGGCCGCAGCUCCGUCCUCGCUCUGCUGCUCCCCCUACAGCCUGACAGUCAAACUGCAGGGAGUGACUGACACUUGGGAGCUGAGAGUAGAUGUCAGAGGAGAGUGGACUCCUUUAGUGACGCUAGUCGAGCAGUGCGGCUACACUGUGGAGAGACACGAUGCUGAGGUCAUCAUCACCGCUCCAUAUGUUACAUGUGGAAUCACUGUCAAGGAUGGAAAACACACCAUUUCUCUUCAGAUCAGAGGGAAGACGUUCACUCUGGCCUGCCCCGUCUCUCCCACGUUGACCCCGCAGCAGGCAGAGCCAUGGGCUCCACCUUUCUACCUGGCCCCGCCUUUCUACCCCCACCCGAGAUACCACCACACAUAUCCUCCUCAUGGUGCCAGAAACCCUCCCACUCCUGAGCCCACACUCAGCCCACAGGCUCCGCCUCCCGAUGACCAUCAGGCUCUCUACUCUGACACGCCUCCUUUAAGGGAUUAUUAUAACCGUUUUGGUGUCCAUGUUUCUCCACCAGCUGCAGACCGUGAGGAGGACUCCGAUAAGGAGGACUCCGAUAAGGAGCAUCCAGAUCUGCAGCAGGAGCAAGAAAAGCAGCCAGAGAUGCACCCUGCUGCACGCUCUGCCUCCUCAGAAACUCCUCAAGCUGAAGCUCCUCCCAUGCAGCAGCACGCCUUCAGUCAGUACUACCACUACUUCCACCACCCUAAAAUCCCUCUUACAGGCCAACCUAAAGUCCCCGAUCCUGGACCUGAGGUGCCAAAACAACCAUCUGAUCAUAAUUUAUCCCUGAGCGUCGAGCUGUCUGAGGCUCCCUCUUCUCCUUCACCUCCUCCAGGAAGUCCUGAAUUCACUCAUAAAACCCCCGAACAUGAAACCGCUCAUCCUCCUCUUCCUCCACCGCCGUAUCCGGACCACUACUUCUAUUACUUUCCACAAACUGACCGAGGCGAGGCCGAAAAAUCGUCUCUUCUCAAUCCAAAAAUAGACGAUCAAAACUCAGAAUCGGGCAUUUUUCCUGCUGAUAACUUAAAGGUAGACGACUUGGAUCCUCGGACCAUCGACUUAGAUCUUCAGUCUGACGACUUGGAUCCUCGGACCAUCGACUUAGAUCUUCAGUCUGACGACUUGGAUCCUCGGACCAUCGACUUAGAUCUUCAGUCUGACGACUUGGAUCCUCGGACCAUCGACUUAGAUCUUCAGUCUGACGACUUGACCGAUGACUUGGAUCCUCAGACCAUCGACUUAGAUCUUCAGUCUGACGACUUGGAUCCUCAGACCGACGACUUAGAUCUUCAGACCGACGACUUCACUCCUCAGACCAUCGACUUAGAUCUUCAGACCGACGACUUGACCGAUGACUUGGAUCCUCAGAACGACGACUUGGAUCCUCAGACCGACGACUUGGAUCCUCAGACCGACGACUUGGAUCCUCAGACCGACGACUUGGAUCUUCAGACCGACGACUUGACUCCUCAGACCAUCGACUUAGAUCUUCAGACCGACGACUUAGAUCUUCAGACCGACGACUUAGAUCUUCAGACCAACGACUUGACUCCUCAGACCAUCGACUUAGAUGACUUGACCGACGACUUGGAUCCUCGGACCAUCGACUUGGAUCCUCAGACCGACGACUUGACCGACGACUUGGAUCCUCGGACUGACGACUUGGAUCCUCAGACCGACGACUUGGCCGACAAAUUGGAUCCUCAGACCGACAAGUCGCACUCGGAUGAAAUUAUUAACUUUGGAAAUAAACGCGCAGAACGGAGUAAAACUCCACUUUUACCUGCAGAAGAAUAUGAUGUAAAAGAAGUAGAGGUAGCCCCCGACCCCCGCAGUUACCCCGCUACAUCGUCAUCAUCCAGCCACCACCCCCCCUUUUAUCCAUUCUACCUCCACUCUGAUUACUUCAACCACUCGUAUUCUGGAGCCGAGAGUUCGCUCAGCGAUCACGAUCGAGAAUCGCCAGCUUCAUCCGAACAAGAUUUAGCCCCCCUGCUUCAAGCUACCUCCUCUCCACCACACCGUCUACCCUGUCAGACCCCUACCCCACCCACAGAACCAAUGCAUGAUGUUCAAAAGGUCCACCCUCAUCCUUACUACUCCAACCACCACCUCUACGAUCAGCUAGGAGUCUCUGCAGACGACCAGGAGCAUCACCCUGCAGGAUCUCUGCCUCCGUCGCACUCCGACUACAGCGGGAUGGAUCGCUUGUUUCCUCGUGCACAGGCAGGAUCUCCCAGCAUGCAUCAGCAGUUGCGUACCCUUUAUUCCCAUUAUAUCAAUCAGCAGCAUCCUGAUGAAGAAGAUGAGGGUCAAGAUGGUGAAAUCAAAGACCCUUUCGAAGUUGACUCGUACGCUCCCUCCACCUCACCCUGUGGUCACAUGUCAUACAUCGACUGUUUGUACUCAGAGCUCCUCAAAACAUACUGCUCAUGGCGACCCUAUGUCAUCUUUAUGGUGCCUGACUUUGCGAUGGAGCACACAGCGGCGUCUCCUGGUGACCCCUCAGAGGUGGUUGAUCAGACAGGUGAACAUCUGUUUGAAGCUCAUGAUGCCUGAUGAGAACUCUCCGAUCAGGUCUCACUCCUCCUGACGAGACGGGGAAGAAAAACUCUUCAGCUGCUCUCGUUUUUGUUUUGAUUGAAAUAAAGAACGGAGUAACAAAAA